AUGGCGAAGUGGAGUCAUGGUGAGUUGGUGUCAACACACUAUUGCGGGGGCGUGAAGAACAUUGUAAUAGAUUCGACCAGCGUGAAAGAGUUAAAACUCGUCAAAGGCCACAGGCUAUCGGACUCGGAGACAAUUUGGGCCCCGCAUUUGCUGUCACUGCGGGUAUCAGGGAUUUGGCGUCUUGGUUCCGUGUUCAGACUCGACGACGUAUCUUCUUUGGUGGAAGCCGAGUUAGAUUUUGUUGUGCGCGGUGACAAGAGCCGCGACUUGAUAAAGGAACUUCUUGAGAAGCUGCAUGGAGUUUCUACAAUCACCAUUGGCAGUUGGUGUUUGGAGGUUAUGUCUGCUUUAGAGAUGGAAGGAGUGCCAUCUCCAUUGUCAAAAUGCCAGAAUCUAAUACUACGCACAACAGUUAGUCAACGAAACCUUCCUGGGAUAGCAUACAUGCUACGAAGUUCACAGUGCAUGGAAAAAUUAGUCAUAGACUUGACUGACUUCCGCAUAUUUAAGGUUUAUUACUUUUCUAUAUUAUUUUCAGUUCGAAUCUUGUGCUGACUUCCUCUUUGCAUGAAUGAGUUAAAACUUUAGAAGCACAUAAAGAUGAUCAAUCUCAAACUCUUAUUUGUUCUAGCAAAUGGAAUUUUCCCAUGACUGUCAGUCUACUCGACAUUUAUGCAGGGCCGUUUUAAGCUGUUUUAGUUCAUGUCCUAAAGUAACUGCAGUGUUAUACUAGAGAUUCUUUUGCUGCCUCGUAAGGUUAGGACCUUGAACUAAUGAAUCAGCGAUGAGCGCCUAGAAGGAGAAGAUGUUUUACUGUGUAGACGAGUUUAAAAGCCCAAAUUGAUGAAGACUCGAUAUAGAGUAUAACUGACGUGAUUCUAAGGUGGACAAAUGAAAGUUGUUUGUUUGAAAUUUUAGUGAGGCAACGAGUUCUUUUUUCCGUGUAUCUGCAUUUAACGUGAAUAUUCUUUCUCAAAUGAGGUACUCAUGUGCAGUUUAUGCUGGACGAAGAAUCUAUUGAGCGUUUUAACUUUGACAAAGAUCUUUUGUCAUGGAAGGGGAACUUUCAAUGUUUGGCGAAACAUCUCAAGAGGGUGGAGAUCAUUGGUUUUGCUGAUAGUUUUGGGUCGAAACAUCUGCUCUCCCUAAUUAAGUUUCUUCUUGGUGAUGCACUUGCGCUGGAGAAGAUGAUUAUUAAGGCUGAUGUGCAUGCACGACGUGGACAAAAACGGCUUGGAGCCACCGAUCUUUCCGAAUUACUUGGUGUGAGCCGAAAUGUGCUAAGCUAUCGAAGAGCUUCCCAAAAUGCUGAAGUUAUCUUUGAUUAUCCUUUGGAAGAGGUGUCCUUUAAAAAGCCUCUGAAGUAGAUCCAGGUUCUAAACGUGGAUGAGCACUACAAUGCUCAUUCUUAUUCACUCUCUUUUGACAGUAGAUAUACAUGAACUAUAUGACAGUAUUGGGUUUUUAACACGUACCUAAUUUGCACUUCUUUCAAGUUUAGUUUAGUUGUAAAAUAUGAACCUCCUAAGGAAAGAGGUUAAUAGUAGCG